UACCGAAAGUAAUGAAUAACUGCUGUCUAGUAUACCUGCACUAAAUUAGUUCCCAGAAACGAUUGAGCACAGUCGGCAUCUAAUUUGAUUUUCUGAGACUUAUUGUCAAGGUCUUUUACCAUUCUUCUGUAAUUUAUCUUUAAAUUGAGUUCAGUUAGCUUUUAAAUGUUUAAAUAUGGUUCUUAAGAAAUGUAAUUUAAACGUACGUAGAUUGAUCUCUUAUUGAAUGAAAAAUAUUUGCGGCAACCUUUGCAAUGGUUUUAUGGUUGUCUCAAGAACUGAGCCGAAUGGAAUACCCUUUGAAAGCCAAUUGGAUCCACUCCGACCUAGUUCAUCCAUUAGCUUCAAAGACAAUCCUUUCCUCAAAGUCAUCGUCGUCAUUGUCCUUACCAGCAUAGUUUUCAUUCUCUUGAUUGCAGGCACAGCUACCACAGCGAUCUCUUACCCGCCCGAGCCUCCAAAAUGGAAACACAAGCAAGCAGAGAGCGAAGACCAGGAAGAUGUUCUAAUCAGUGUUCACACGGCACUUGAUGGUGAUUACAAACUUUUGGGUCCCCUUUUGCUGAUGGCGGGAAUAUUUCUUUUUGUUGUUGAUGCAGUCUUAUGUUCCAUUGUAAUCAGGGAAGCGUAUUACACGUCCAGAAGUAUUCGUCCAAGUAUAGAUGUUUCGCCAGGCUCAAUAUCUGUUUUGGGUGGACCCUUUUUUUUAGCUGUACCGAACCCAGGAAACCAACAAGAAAUGACAUCCUUUGCAUUGUCGAGACAACUGUGGGCAAUGCCAAAUGCCCCCACUCCAGAUUUUAGCAUUGAUGGCUGUGGCAUGAAAGGUUCGAGAAUGAGACCAUCUACUGCUACAAUCGGACAUAGUCAUCAGCCUCCUUUUAAUCCAGAUAUUGCUUUACCGAAGUCACCAGAGAAAUCAUAAAAAUUUUAAUUUUGAACAAUCUAAAUCUAAAGAAUAUUUUUUUAAUUUAAUUUUAAUAGAUUUAAAAAAAAAUUAAAACUUAUUUUAACUUGCAUAUUAAUGUCAUGAAAAAACUUCAGUGAAAGAUUUCACGGGUCAAGAUAAAAUGAUACGUCAUGAUGAUAUUUUAAAAAGCAUUAUUAUUUACUUAAUUUAAACAAUAAUCAAUUAAAAAUUUAAUAGAGAUGUCCAAGUUAGAAGCUUGCCUUGAUCAGUGUUCUACUAUCAUUCGAUCAGUUUCUUUUUGUUCUAUUCCUAUUGGAUGAUUCGUAUUCUUAUUCCAAUAGAAACGCAUUUCUAUUGGUUGCGUAUGUAACUAAUUGAUCAAUGAUGGAUUGUCAGUGAUCAGGUAAGUGCAAUGGCAGCAGCCUAGACCUCUCUAUUUUCUUGAGGAAAUGAAAAAAAUUAAUUACUUUUCAUUUUAUAUGUUAUUAGUAGCUAACGGAAAAACACUCCUUUUCUGUUUUAAAAAUAUUUAUGAAAAAUUCAUACUCGUGCACUUUAUGUAACCACGAUAAAGUGCUUUUAUGAACCAAUACAAGCUUAAACAAAAGUGCUGUUUAAAAAAUAAAAUAGAAGUAACUAUAUUUAUCAAAAUACGUAAAUUUUUCCUGGAGUCUUCAUUCACUAUUAUGUAAUAUCUUUUAAUGUGAAAUUAAUGUCUGCAAAAUAAUUUCAUUAAACUUGUAAUCUGGGUAACAUAUUGUGUCUUAAUCACUUAUUGUGACGUUGGAAGAUAUUGUGAUUUAAUUAUCUUUUUUAGUGAAAGUUGUUUUCUGAUUUUAUUCCAAAAGCGCGGUUUUGUUAUAAUAUGCAUUGAUGCUAUAUUUCAAAGUAUGUAAUAAAUCAUAAUUAUUAAA